UCGGCGCGCCCGGCCCCCUCGGCGGUCCCCACAGCGCCCCCCGGCCCCAUGCAGUCUCGGAUCCUGCUGCUCGGGGCGCCCGGCGGCCGCGGGGGCUCGGCCUCCCGGCGCGUGCGGCUGCUCCUGCGGCAGGUGGUGCGGGGCCGGCCCGAGGUCAGACUGCUGCACGCCGCCGGGAUGGGGGCCGAUUCAGGGGAUACAGUUACUAUUGGAGAUGUAUCAUACAAGUUGAAAAUACCUAAGAACCCAGAACUUGUACCACAGAACUACAUUUCAGACUCUUUGGCUCAAUCUGUAGUUCACCAUCUAAGAUGGAUAAUGCAGAAGGAUCUUUUGGGGCAAGAUAUCUUCCUAAUAGGACCUCCUGGGCCUCUUCGACGCUCAAUUGCUAUGCAGUACUUGGAGCUGACCAAGCGGGAGGUUGAAUACAUCGCACUGUCACGGGACACUACGGAAACGGAUCUCAAACAGCGACGGGAGAUCCGCGCAGGCACAGCUUUCUACAUUGAUCAGUGUGCAGUCCGCGCAGCCACUGAAGGCAGAACUCUGGUUUUGGAAGGCUUGGAGAAGGCAGAGAGAAAUGUCCUGCCUGUACUGAACAACUUGCUGGAAAACAGAGAAAUGCAACUUGAGGAUGGACGCUUCCUGAUGUCUGCUGAGCGGUACGACAAACUUCUCCAAGAUCAUACUAAGGCAGAACUGGAUGCAUGGAAGAUUGUUCGAGUCAGUGAGAAUUUCCGAGUGAUUGCCCUGGGUUUGCCAGUGCCAAGAUACUCUGGGAAUCCAUUAGACCCUCCUCUCCGCUCUCGAUUUCAAGCCAGAGAUAUUUACUUUCUACCCUUCAAGGACCAACUUAAACUGUUAUAUUCAGUUGGAGCCAAUGUAUCUGCUGACAAGAUUUCUCAGCUCUUGUCAUUUGCUACAACUCUCUGUUCCCAAGAAUCUUCCACUCUUGGACUUCCAGAUUUCCCUUUGGAUAAUUUACCAGCUGCAGUUCAAAUCCUGGAUUGCUUUCCCAUGAUGUCAGUCAAGCAUGCAAUCCAGUGGCUUUAUCCAUACAGUAUUCUCUUAGGACAUGAAGGGAAGAUGGCUGUUGAAGAUGUCUUAAAACGCUUUGAGCUUCAGGAUUCGAAAAGCUCUCUGCUUCCCAAAGAGAUUGUAAGAGUGGAGAGGAUGGCUGAAAACCAUGUCUUCCAAGCUUCUGUGACCAUCAGCAUUGCAGGAAAGGAGGUAACCAUUAAGGUGCCAUCUGGAACGAGACCAUUAAGUGAACCUUGUACAUCAGACCAUUUCAUACAGACUUUAAGCCAUAAACAGCUAUUGGCUGAAAUGAUGCAAUCACAUAUGGUUAAAGACAUAUGUUUAAUUGGAGGAAAGGGUUGCGGAAAAACAGUCAUCGCUAAGAACUUUGCUGAUACCUUAGGAUACAGCAUAGAACCUAUUAUGCUCUAUCAGGAUAUGACCGCACGUGAUCUGCUACAGCAGAGAUACACUCUUCCGAAUGGAGACACUGCCUGGCGGGCCUCGCCUCUUGUGAAUGCUGCCCUGGAGGGCAAGUUGGUCUUAUUGGAUGGUAUUCACCGGGUCAACACGGGCACACUUGCUGUAUUGCAGAGGUUAAUCCAUGAUCGAGAGCUGAGCCUCUAUGAUGGCUCUCGGCUGCUGAGAGAAGACAGGUAUCAGCGUUUAAAAGAGGAGCUACAAAUGUCUGAUGAGCAGUUACAAAUGAGAUCUAUUUUUCCUAUCCAUCCCUCAUUCCGUAUCAUUGCCAUGGCAGAGCCCCCUGUUAUUGGAAGCACAGCACAGCAGUGGCUUGGACCAGAAUUUUUAACCAUGUUCUUUUUCCAUUACAUGAAACCUCUUGUCAAAAGUGAAGAAAUGCAAGUGGUUAAAGAAAUGGUCCCAAACACACCUCAGGAAACUUUGGACAAGUUGUUGUCAUUUACUCACAAACUCAGGGAGACCCAAGAUCCAACGGCACAGUCAUUGGCAGCAUCUCUUUCUACAAGACAGCUCUUGCGUAUGGCUCGGAGGCUGUCACAGUACCCUAAUGAAAAUCUUCAUGGUGCUGUUACUAAAGCCUGCCUUUCAAGGUUUUUACCAAGUCUGGCUAGGUCAGCAUUAGAAAAAAAUCUGGCAGAUGCUGCAAUAGAAGUAAAUGCUGUUGAUAAUCUGGAACCAGAACUAGAGAACUACAAAUGUGAAGUGCUAUCUGACUCUCUGAGAAUUGGCGCUGUUAGUGCGCCCAUCUAUAAUGCCCGUGAGAAAAUGAAAGUGCCUGAUGUUCUCUUCUAUGACAAUGUACAGCACAUGAUAGUGAUGGAAGACAUGCUCAAAGACUUUCUCCUGGGAGAGCACCUAUUAUUGGUUGGUAACCAGGGUGUAGGAAAAAAUAAGAUUGUUGACAGAUUUCUUCACCUGCUCAACAGACCUCGAGAAUAUAUCCAGCUGCAUAGGGACACCACAGUACAAACUCUUACUCUUCAACCUUCUGUUAAGGAUGGACUUAUUGUGUAUGAAGAUUCACCUUUGGUUAAAGCAGUAAAGAUGGGUCAUGUUUUGGUGGUAGAUGAGGCUGAUAAAGCACCAACAAAUGUCACCUGUAUUUUAAAAACUCUAGUAGAAAAUGGGGAAAUGAUUCUAGCAGAUGGAAGACGCAUUGUUGCAAAUUCUGCCAAUGUAAGUGGAAGAGAAAAUGUUGUCGUGAUUCAUCCGGACUUUAGGAUGAUUGUUCUUGCUAACAGACCAGGAUUUCCUUUCUUGGGCAACGAUUUCUUCGGUACUCUAGGUGAUAUUUUUAGCUGUCAUGCAAUUGAUAACCCCAAACCUCACUCAGAGCUUGAGAUGCUCAAACAGUAUGGACCAAACGUGCCUGAGCCCAUCCUGCAGAAGCUCGUGGCUGCCUUCGGAGAGCUGAGGAGUUUGGCUGACCAAGGGAUCAUCAACUAUCCUUACUCCACCAGGGAAGUUGUCAACAUUGUCAAACACUUACAGAAGUUUCCCACUGAAGGUCUCUCCAAUGUGGUUCGGAAUGUUUUUGACUUUGAUUCAUAUAACAACGACAUGAGAGAGAUUUUGAUGAACACUUUACACAAAUAUGGGAUACCUAUUGGAGCAAAACCUACCAGUGUGCAACUGGCAAAGGAGUUGCCUCUACCAAAACAGACAUUUGUGGGCUACUGGACAGUUGGUCAGGCAACAACUGGAAUGCAGAAACUCUUGUGUCCAGCAGAAACUCAACUCAUAGACAUAAAGGGUCCAGUAAUUGUAAACAUACAGGAGUUUCCACUAGAAAGACAGGAAGCAAGAUCCCUAAGCUUCACUGAAGAAUGUGCUUCCUGGAGGUUGCCAUUGGAGGAAGUUAAUAUAAUCUGUGAUAUUGCUACAACACAUGAGAAUGAGGAAAAUACUCUUUAUAUAGCUGCAUGCAAUCCUAUUUCCUUAUACUUUAUGAAUAUGACUGGGAAAAGUGGCUACUUUGUCGACUUUUAUGACAUCUUCCCGAGAUUGGCAGGUGGAGUUUGGCACCCGUUUGUGACGGUGGCACCACUAGGAAGUCCCCUCAAGGGACAGGUGAUUCUCCAUGAGGAACAGAGUAAUGUUGUCCUAUUGCUGGAUACUCCAGGCCGAACCCUUCGUCGUCUCAUCCUGCCUUCAGAAGAGAUUACACCUAAGAAGUCUUCCUAUUGGAACAAACAGGAAGCCGAAACUUACAAAAUGUGUAAAGAAUUUGCACACAAGAAUUGGCUAGUUUUCUACAAAGAAAAAGGGAAUAGCCUGAUGGUGCUUGACGUUCUAGAAGGGCGAACUCACACUAUCUCGCUUCCCAUCAACCUCCAGACAGUUUUCCUCGUAGCAGAGGACAAGUGGCUUCUGGUGGAGAGCGGCACAGAUCAGAAAUAUCUGUUAACGAAGCCUGCGCACAUUGAAUCUGCCAACAGUGGAGCUUGCCAACUGUAUGUACUGAAAGAAGAGCUGCCUAGUGCAGGGUUUGGAGUUACAAAAGAAAUGGGAUUUACCAUACCUCAUAAAAUUUCCAGUGACCAACUAUCUUCUGACAAUCUAAGUUCAGCUUUGGGACAAAAGAUUGCCUCUCCAAACCGAAUCCUUUCAGAUGAGAACAAUUAUGCUACAAUAGUCGUUGGCUUCCCAGAUCUCAUGUCACCUAGUGAAGUUUAUUCUUGGAAGAGGCCAUCAUCUUUGCAUAAACCAGGUGUGAUUGACACAGCAUUCUAUGGCGGAAAGAAGAAAAGCGGGAGUCCCAAACAGAGCAACUGUGUGACUCUUUCAGAUGCUAACCAGGUGGUCAGGAUUUUGCCCCCUGGAGAUGUCCCUCUGAGAGAUAUCUACCCGAAAGAUGUUACCCCUCCACAAACAGCUGGUUAUAUAGAAGUCACUGAUCUUCAAUCAAAGAAGCUUCGAUAUAUCCCCAUUCCCAGAUCAGAGUCUCUUUCACCAUAUACCUCCUGGCUGUCUACCAUUUCGGACACAGAUGCCCUCUUGGCUGAGUGGGACAGAAGCGGUGUUGUCACUGUUGACAUGGGAGGGCACGUCAGGCUUUGGGAAACUGGACUUGAACGUCUACAGCGCUCCCUCAUGGAAUGGAGAAACAUGAUUGGACAAGAAGGUGACAGGCAUAUACAGAUAACAAUCAACAGAGACAGCGGUGAAGACGUGAGCUCCCCCAAACACGGGAAGGAAGACCCAGACAACAUGCCCCACGUGGGCGGCAAUACUUGGGCUGGAGGAACAGGGGGAAGAGACACAGCAGGGCUGGGGGGCAAAGGAGGUCCCUACCGGCUGGAUGCAGGCCACUCAGUGUACCAGAUCUCUGAUGCUGAAAAAGAUGCAGUGCCCGAAGAGGUCAAAAGAGCCGCGCGAGAGAUGGGCCAGAGAGCAUUUCAGCAGAGGCUAAAGGAGAUCCAAAUGAGUGAAUACGAUGCUGCGACCUAUGAAAGGUUUUCAGGUGCUGUUCGUCGGCAAGUGCACUCCCUCCGAAUUAUCCUGGAUAAUUUGCAGGCAAAAGGGAAAGAAAGACAGUGGCUCAGACACCAGGCUACUGGCGAACUAGACGAUGCUAAGAUCAUUGACGGGCUGACAGGAGAAAAGGCCAUCUACAAGCGCCGGGGCGAGCUGGAGCCGCAGCUGGGCAGCCCGCAGCAGAAGCCCAAGCGCCUGCGCCUGGUGGUGGAUGUGUCUGGAAGCAUGUACCGCUUCAAUGGGGUGGAUGGCCGGCUUGAGCGCUCCAUGGAGGCUGUGUGUAUGGUCAUGGAAGCCUUCGAGAACUAUGAGGAGAAGUUCAAGUAUGACGUCGUUGGACACUCUGGAGAUGGCUACAACAUAGGCCUUGUUCCGGUUAACAAAAUCCCCAAGAACAAUAAGCAAAGGCUUGAAAUUCUGAAGACAAUGCAUGCCCACUCUCAGUUCUGCAUGAGUGGGGACCACACGCUAGAGGGAACAAAACAUGCCAUCAAGGAAAUUGCCAAGGAAGAAGCUGAUGAGUACUUCGUCAUAGUUUUGAGUGAUGCAAAUCUGUCACGAUAUGGAAUACAUCCUGACAAGUUUGCCCAAAUCUUAACAAGUGACCCUCAAGUAAAUGCUUUUGCCAUUUUUAUUGGAUCUUUAGGUGACCAAGCCACCAGGCUCCAGAGGACCUUGCCGGCUGGCCGGUCUUUCAUUGCCAUGGAUACCAAGGAGAUCCCUCAGAUUCUACAACAGAUCUUCACCUCCACUAUGCUGUCAGGUGUUUAAGGAAUGCCCUUCAUCACCCUCAUGAAAUAAGACAAAAAUAAAGAAUAUUCUGAAGAAAAGGAAACAUGUGCAAAGUGAGCCCAUGCAAGGACUGGAUAAUUCUGGCUUUCCUGGGCCUUUCUUUGCCUGCUCUGUCAUCAGAAUUGAGCAAGACAGAGGAGGGGAGACUAGUGCACGAAUCUUCCAAUAAACGUUGAUGAUUUAGAAGUCACUCAAGGAAGCAGGUUGACCUGCAUUUCAUAAAAGAUCAAGGCAAUGGUUGGUCUCUGUUUCCUAAACCCAGAGGGAUAAAAGACUCCAUGCCUCUGAUAUCGCAUAUGAUCUGUCACCUGAGAUGAGAAGGGAUCCCGCCAAAGGGGGCUCUCACUCCCCGCUCUACUUUGAGAUACAAGCCCAACAUGCUACCAUCCCGCAUUGGUUCUGCAUUCUCCCCACCACAUAUUGCCUAGCAAGCAUUGACUGUGUAGUGUUCAACCCCCUGAAAGUCUUCCCCACAGCAGAUUUGUAUACAAGGUUGGAUUUUCUUGGCCAAAGCCAAAAGAAGACAAAAGAUCUUUAGCGGGCUUGCUCUGCCAUGUGACUUUUCAUAGGCUCUUGACACAAUAAAGAGCAAAUGUCUCGUUCUUCUCCGCCCCGGUGGAAGGGUCAAGAUGUCUUGCCUGAGUCUCCAAUUUCUGCUGAUUCUCCCAGUGCCUCCCCACCUUUUCACACUUGGGUAGCUGAAAUGAAAUGCUCAAACUAACAGAUUCUUCAAUGGAAACUCAUCUACUCAGAGUAUUCAGGUAAAACUUACCUAAUGCAAAGCAAAGGAUAAUAAAAUUGAAGUCAAUGGUGAUUGCAGAUUUCUUUAGCUGUGAAAGCAAAAUAUACUAAUGAUGAUUUUUUUUCAA